AUGUGUGCCGGGGCCAGCGGGUGCUGCUCUGUGGUGUUUGUUUUGUGGGUGGGGCGCCGAGGCAUGGCGGGAGAAGGUGAUGCGGCAUGGGCUUGGGGGGGUCGUGGGGGCGCACCCACACACACAGUGAGUAUGCGUUGGGUGGAGGCGUCACUCGGUACACCUCUGCGAAACAGGGGUUGCUGGGGUGGCGUACUGCGGGACUGGGGGGGUGGUGGGGAUGUUGGGAGGGCGAGUACCGAGUGGGGGUUUUGCUUUCUGUCGCUGCAUAACUCAAUGUCUGUAGGUAUCCGGACGGGGUGGGGGGUUUUAGGUGUUGUGGGAGGGUUAGGGUUGUUGUUGAAAUGUCUGGGCUGGGACGGGUUUUCAGUGAUGGGGUUGGGGUUGUCCGACCGCGUUCCGGUUUUUGUAUGGGUUCGGGGCAGUCCGUAUGGCGCGUUGGCGGUUUUAGUACGUGCGGUGGUCGGUGGGGGUUUGGGGGGUGGAGGUGUCUACAUGGAGGGAUGGUUGAGGCACUUCUGA